CUACUUCGUCUAGCUGCUCAACUUGGCAACCAGCAAAACCCCAACACUGAGCGAAUCGUUGAACGUGCAAGCAAUUCUUGGCAAGCCCAGCGCGGGCAGUUGUAGCUAGCUCGACUGCCAAGAUGGACUUAAAAAUUACGCGUCUGUCUAAAGUCAUCGCGGUAUUGUUGGUAGCGCUCUACUUUGUGGCAUUCUUCCUUCCAGAGUCGGUGGACUACGUCGCGCUCAUCCCUGGAAAGACGCUGCCCUAUGUCUGGAACCUGGUGACGGCGGGUUUCUUGACGCUCAACCCCUUCAAGCUCGGCCUUGAGGUCGUGGCCGUCCUGCUGCUGACGCGGCUAGUGGAGCCUGUCUACGGAUCGAAGGAGUUUCUGAAGUUCCUGUUCGUGGUGGAUGUUAGCAUCAACUUGUGCGUGCUCAUCGGCGUCUACAUUAUCUUCGCCGUCGGCAAGGACACGGGCGAUAUCCUUUACAACAAGUUUGCGGGCUUCCAUGGCAUCCUGGCCGGCCUGGUGGUGGCGGUGAAGCAGGUCAUGCCCGAGCACGAGGCGAAGCUGUUUGGAUUCGUCAAGCUGACAUUCAAGUACCUGCCGCUGCUGUUCAUCACCAUCGCCUGUGGUGUGGCGGCGGGCCUGCAGCAGUACAGCUACGUGCCCUUCCUGCUGCUGGGCACCUACAACGCCUGGCUCUACCUGCGCUUCUUCCAGCAGCAGCCCGACUCCAACCACUGGGGCGACUCCUCCGACGACUUCAAGUUCAGCGGCUUCUUCCCGCCGCUGCUAGCGCCGCUGCUGGACCCGCUGGGCUUCCUGUGCGCCACGGUGUUCCGCCUGCGGCACCCGCCCGCCGAGACCAAGGCGCCCUUCGCCAAGGCCGCGCAGUACACGCUGCCGGUCGACAGCGCGGACGCCAACCGCCGCCGAGAGCGUGGCGCCAAGGCUCUGGAGGAGAGGCUAGGCAUGAAGAAGGCCACCGGCGAUGGCGAGGACGUGGAGGCGGGCGCCGCUGCGAGCGGCGCUGCCCCCGCGAGCACUGUGGUCAUCCCCACUACCUCGUCCACCACCGCCAACUCGUGAGCGCCAGCACAGGAGUGAGCGUGAGCGUGGGCCAUAGGCCCAUAGUGUUGAAAGAAGCUGCAUAAGUAGCAGCAGGUUUGUUGGGCAUAGCGGAAGACGAUAAAGCAAGUUCGGCGCAUGGAGGAGAGAGGCGCGGGUUGAGAGGAUACCAGCGCAACGUGUUAAUGUUGUCUGUGGGGGGUGGGCGUGCAACGUACAUGCUGCUCGUGACAAACUUGCAUUGUGUGGCUAGCAGUAGGUAUCGGCUCAACUAAGGACGCGUUAAUAUGCGUGUCAAGCAACACAGAGGGCUGGCACUGCUUGCCGUAGUUCCUGGGCAAGGUCAAGAGACCGAGGAAUCCAGGGCAGUGAGACACUCUGAUACACGAACCAGUCCUCGUGGCGUGGGCCAGCGAAGGUCUGUAACUUCCAGUGGUG